AUGGCAGUCGGAAAGAUAGCCCCGUUCGAUAUGAACAAAGAUUGUUGGGACUUAUACGUGGAGCGUUUAGAACAGUAUUUUAUAGCGAAUUCAGUGAGUGACACGGUUAAAGUGGCUACUUUAAUUACUGUGAUAGGCAGUGACGCGUAUGAACUUAUGGUUAAUUUGUGUACGCCGGCGCGCCCGGCAACAAAGACUUUUGAUCAGUUGAAGGCCAUUAUGAAAUCGCACUUGCAACCUAAACCGAGUGUAUUAGCAGAAAGGUUCAAAUUUCGACAACGACGUCAGGCGAGUGAUGAGAGCAUAGCUGAGUAUGUCGCAGCCUUGAAGAAAAUGUCAAUGACUUGCAAUUUUGGCGCGGACUCAUUGCAAGAAAAUUUAAGGGACCAAUUUGUUUGCGGUCUAUCGAAGGAUGUUAUACGACAGCGGCUAUUCGCAGAGGAGGAAAUCACGUUCGAGAAAGCUUUUAAAUUAGCCGUAACGAUAGAUUCGGCCGAGACGGAAUCGGCGGUUAUGGAGAAGCGAGUAGACAACCAUGGAGGAAGUACGGGUGUCUACCAGGUGGCAUCGAGCCGGGGGCGGGGGAGCUACGGUCACGGAGAAGCCGCCGGGGGACGGAAGGUCACGGGGGCUACGCGAGGUUGGGCGGGCGCCGGGCGCGGCGCGAGCGGCCGGGGCGGACGGCGCGGGCCGGGCGUCGCGGGCGCCGGCCGCGAGCGCGGCGCGCACGGCGGCGCAGCUGGCUGCAAGGUGUGCGGCGGCAGUCAUGACUCCAACACGUGCAAGUUUAAGGCUUACGUGUGUCGGGUGUGCAACCGAGAUGGACAUCUGAAGAGGAUGUGCCCGAGACUACGCGAGGAACAGCUGUUCGCGUUGUAUGACGGAGACGCGGAUGGGCAGGUGGCGUUUAAAGAAGUUUUUGAAGACGGUUUGGGGCGGUUCACGGGCGGCAAGGUCGGGUUCGCGCUGCGCGAGGGGGCGCGGCCGGUGUUCCUGCGCGCGCGCCCGCUGCCGUACGCGCUGCGCGAGCCAGUGGAGCGUGCGCUGGAUCAGCUAGUGCGCGACGGCAUCAUCACGCCCGUGCCCACCUCGGACUGGGCCACUCCCGUCGUACCGUGUCCUGUGUUCCCUCUCAACAUCGGCAUCAUCGCUUAG